GUCUACUACUACUACAGUUACGCAUAUGAGGACAAUUGUGUGGCGUUUAUUAAUGAUAUCUAUACACAUGCUACUACUAUCAUAGUAUAGUGAUCGAAAAAGCUUUGUAUGAGACUGAGACCCCUUGUGUGAAAUUCAGUAAAGUCUGAUGAAGCGUUUUCAGUUUCUAAGUAACCGCCUUUUCUUCCCAGCUUUCUAUUUGUAAAAUAAUUCAGUGAUAACUUUUCAGUUAUUUAAUUUCUUCUACUUUUAAUUAGUCAAAAAUCUUAAAUUUAUAAAAAUGCCGCGUAUUAUGAUAAAAGGUGGUGUUUGGCGUAAUACAGAGGAUGAAAUUCUAAAAGCAGCUGUAAUGAAAUAUGGGAAAAACCAAUGGAGCCGUAUAGCUUCGUUACUUCAUAGAAAAUCUGCGAAACAAUGUAAAGCACGUUGGUUUGAGUGGUUAGAUCCUAGUAUCAAAAAAACAGAAUGGAGCAGAGAAGAAGAUGAAAAACUUUUACAUCUUGCCAAACUUAUGCCUACUCAAUGGAGGACAAUAGCUCCUAUUGUAGGACGUACAGCAGCGCAAUGUUUAGAAAGAUAUGAAUAUUUAUUGGAUCAAGCACAAAAAAAAGAAGAGGGUGACGAUGCAGCAGAUGAUCCCCGUAAACUUAAACCAGGUGAAAUUGAUCCAAAUCCUGAGACAAAACCUGCAAGACCAGAUCCUAAAGAUAUGGAUGAGGAUGAAUUGGAAAUGCUGUCUGAGGCUCGUGCAAGACUUGCGAAUACCCAAGGAAAGAAAGCAAAACGAAAAGCUCGUGAAAAACAAUUGGAAGAAGCACGUAGACUUGCAGCUUUGCAAAAACGUCGAGAACUUCGUGCUGCAGGCAUCACGGUAUCACAAAAAAAUAAACGCAAACGAGGAGUCAAUUAUAAUACAGAAAUACCUUUUGAGAAACGUCCUGCUCCAGGAUUUUAUGAUACUUCUAAAGAACAUAUUGAUCCACUAGCCAUAGAUUUUUCUAAAAUGAGGCAACAACAAUUAGAUGGAGACCAUAAACAAGAGAAAGAAGAAAUGGAACGUAGAAAAGAUAAGCAGAAGUUAAAGCAACGUAAAGAAAAUGAUAUUCCAAUGGGAAUGCUUAAUAAUGAAGAACCUGUGAAGAAAAGAAGUAAACUUGUUUUACCAGAACCACAGAUUUCUGAUCAAGAAUUACAACAAGUUGUUAAACUUGGACGUGCCUCAGAGGUUGCACGUGAAGUUGCUGCUGAGAGUGGUAUUACUUUAUCAGACAGUUUGUUAGCUGAUUAUUCCUUGCCAACAAAUGUCGCAGUAACCCCUAGAACUCCAGCUGCACAAGAUAAAAUUCUUCAGGAAGCUCAAAAUGUUAUGGCCCUGACUCAUGUAGAUACACCAUUAAAGGGAGGUUUAAAUACACCACUGAAUAAUUCUGAUUUUUCUGGUGUUGUACCUGUUACAAAUGCUGUUGCAACUCCAAAUACUAUUUUGGCAACUCCAUUUCGUUCGCAACGUAGUGACGGGACGCCCUUGAAUUCAUUUAAUACACCAGCAUCUACACGAACACAAAAUGGAGUCCUUGCAACACCAGUUCGUGAUAAACUUAGUAUUAAUCCAGACGAAGGUAUUGCUGGGUCAGAAACGCCAGUGAUACAAAAACAAGCUAAAGAACAAUUACGUGCAGGCUUAAUAGCAUUGCCAGCACCACGUAAUGAUUAUGAAAUAGUUGUUCCUGAAGACGAAACUAUAGAUGAGAAUACUUCUAUUCCUGCAAAUGAUAUAGUUGAAGAUCAAGCUGAUAUUGAUGCGAGACAGCAACAAGAAUUGCUGGAACAAAAAAAAAGAGAAUUGGCUAGAAGAUCUCAAGUUAUACAACGGGAUUUGCCAAGACCAGUUGAUGUUAAUAUGAAUAUUUUAAGGCCUUUCAUGGAUACACCUUUAACAGAUAUGCAGAGAGCAGAAGAACUAAUAAAAAGAGAAAUGAUUACCAUGCUUCAAUAUGAUGCACUUCAGAAUCCUAUGCAACAGAAUAGGAAGAGUGCUUCUAGUUCUUUAGCUCAAGCACAGUCGUAUCUUGAACAACAUCCUUAUGUUAAUUUUGAUGAAGAAGAACUGGAUGCUGCAAAACAAUUAUUGGUCGAUGAAAUGAAUGUUGUAAAGGAAGGUAUGGCACAUGGAGAUUUGAGUUUAGAUGCAUAUACAACUGUGUGGGAAGAAUGUUUAUCACAAAUUUUAUAUUUGGAAACACAAAAACGUUAUACCAGAGCAACAUUAGCUUCUAAAAAAGAUAGAGUAGAAGCCUGUGAAAGAAAAUUAGAAGAAAAUCGUAUGCAUAUGACAGGUGAAGCAAAAAGAGCUGCAAGAAUGGAAAAGAAAUUGAAAGUAUUAACAGGAGGUUAUCAGACCAGGGCACAAGUCUUAAUUAAGCAAUUGCAUGACAUGUGCGAACAAAUAGAACAAGCUUAUUUAGAACUUUCAACAUUUAAAUUUUUACAAAAUCAAGAGGAAGCGGCAGUUCCAAGAAGAGUAAAUGCACUCAUUGAAGACGUUAACAGACAAACUGAACGUGAACGUGUAUUACAAAUGCGAUAUGCACAAUUGCAAGAUCAGCUUCAACAAUGUUAAUUGUUAU